AUGCACACCAUCGCCGACUUUUGCGUGAUCCCCAUGGGCGUCACCUCCUCCGUCAGCCAGUAUAUCGCCGAAUGCCAGCGCGUUAUUGAGAAGAGUGGUCUUUCGUACACCAUGCAUUCUUAUGGCACUAACGUCGAGGGCGAGUGGGACGACGUCUGCAGAGUCAUGAAGGAGUGCCAUGAAGCCGUCCACGCCAUGGGAUGUCCUCGCGUCUCCACCAGCGUCCGCAUCGGAACGAGGACGGAUAAGGUUGGACAGACCAUGGCCGAUAAGGUCAACGUCGUCCACGAGAUCCUUGCCAAGGAUGCCGCCGAGAAGAAGUAG